AUCUUCCUCUCCCUCUGCGCCACUUCACCACCACUGCACUGCCUCAAUUUAGAUCGCAUAGCCUUCGAUCGACCACCAUCCUCACUUCAAUCCCUCAAUGAGUCCGAUCAACAGUCUCUGGUUCAAGUGGAAGAGCCUUCGCCUACCCUGGCGCAGGUCCUUCCUCGUCGGCACCGACCUACGCGGAAACACCUUCUGGGAAUUCAAAGACCAACUCAACGCUGGCCGCUUCCGCCGUAUCGUUAAAACCGAUCCGAAAACCCACCUCGCCGAUGUCCAAGUGAGCCCCCAAUGGCACCAAUGGCUUCGCUACGUCCGCGCAGACCCCCCGUCCAUCCAAGAACAACAACAAGACAUCAUCCGACAAAUGCAAAUCAAGGAAUUAGCCCGUCUGGCCGAUGAACGCUGGGCCAGCAAAGCAUCGUAUCUGGAUAUGCCCAAAACCCAACAACAACCGCUCCCCGCCACCAACACGAGUGAUGCGACGGUAGCCCAAGCAAACAAAAGCUCUUCGGAGGAUACACAGACGGCAACGGCGGAGGCUGCGAAGAAGGAUGACCCCUGGGCGAAGGCGGCGGCAGGCGCUCCGGGUCAGAAGUGGCAGCCUGAUUCGUGGAGUCCGACUGCGUCGAAGAGAUGAGUAAGUGAGGUGUCUGAAGUGAGUGAGGUGGAGAAAUGCAGCAGCUCGGCUUGAUUACUCCGUAUCUGGGCCCUCCGUUCUCUCGCUUCUAAUCUGAAACGCGUACUGUGCAUGUCAGACUCGUCACCUCUGAACUAGGCACAUCUGGGGUUGCCUUGCCAGGUUGCCGUCCGUUCCCGAAAUGCGGAACACGCCAGAAAUAGGGAGAAAGGUGAUUGGCCGUGUUUCGUUGUUGUCGUCGGAGCAACAUCACAGACAGUUGCGAAACAAAGUAUCUGUCGAUGAGAGACAUCACAUUUUUUGGUGAUCAGUGACGGGAUAGGAUGUUUCCCAUGAUUCUCGGCCAUCUAGAGCUCUGGCUUAGAAAACUCCCAUCUCUUGUAUAUUACGAACUAUUACUGUAAUAUGAAUGAACCUAUGUACAUUAUUGUAACUGAAAUUAUCUACCAG